UAUGCACUUUUCGAAAAUGGAAGUCCAAAUUCAGAAGUCUCAUAUUAAUCUGUAGCAAAAACAACAAUGGAAGCGGAGAUGGAGAUGGAGGAAAGAAGCAAACCAAUUGCUAUCUUCAUGGCCUUCGGUACUAAAGGCGACGUCUACCCCAUCGCUGCCAUUGCUGCUGCUUUUGCUUGUGACCAGAAACAAUACAAUGUGGUCCUAAUAACUCAUUCGGCACAUGAGAACUUAGGUCAUCACUUGGCAGGAAAACAUGUUGCCUAUCAUCCAAUUUUAUCACCACCGGUCCUUUCUACAGAUCAGAACCAUGAGACUACUACAGGGUCAGGCUUACUGGAGUUGUCAUUCUCACUGCAAAAAAGAAUGGUUACAAAAGAACAUAGACGAGAAUGCUAUUCUCUAGUUCAAAGGAUAUUCGGAUGUGGCCAAAGCUUGGAUGGUGAUUUUAUUGUGAUAAAUUUCUUUGCAUUGGAAGGGUGGAGCCUUGCAGAAACGUUUCGUGUCCGUUGCAUUGUUGCUGCUCCAUAUGUUGUCCCUUACAGUGCGCCUUCAUCAUUUGAGCGCCACUUUAAAAAAGAACUUCCUCUUUUGUAUAGAUAUCUUCAGGAAGCUACUACUAACAAGGUCUGUUGGAAAGACGUGAUUCAUUGGAUGUGGCCUCUUUUCACUGAUAGUUGGGGAUCUUGGAGAUGUGAUGAUUUGAAUCUGAGUCCUUGCCCUUUUACGGAUCCAGUAACAGGUCUUCCCACAUGGCAUGAUAUGCCUUCAUCUCCCCUAUUAUUGUAUGGAUUUAGCAAAGAAGUUGUUGAAUGCCCUGGUUAUUGGCCUUCAAAUGUCCGGGUUUGUGGCUUUUGGUUUCUGCCUAUGGAGUGGCAGUUUUCUUGUAAGGAGUGCAGUGAAAUCUCAGUGCUUGUUUCUUCAGGGAAUCUGCAGAGAAAAGAUGAACUAUGUUCAGCUCAUAUUGAUUUACAAACUUUUCUGAAGACUGUGUCAACGCCACCAAUUUUUGUUGGGCUGAGCUCUGUUGGAAGCAUGGGCUUUCUAAAAAAUCCCCAAGCAUUUCUUCAUGUACUUCGAAUUGUUAUAGAGAUCACAAGUCAUAGAUUUAUCCUCUUCACAGCUGGCUUUGAAGCUUUAGAUGCAGCUGUCCGUAUGAUUGCUGCAGAAGCAUCAUCAUGUUCAAGUCAAACACAGCUCAGUGAAGAUUGCAUCUCUCUCUUUAACAGUCGGCUCUUUUGCUUCACUGGUUCCGUGCCAUACAAGUGGCUGUUUCCAAAAUGUUUGGUUGCAAUUCAUCAUGGGGGCAGUGGAACUACUGCUGCUGCAUUACAUGCAGGAAUCCCACAGGUAGUAUGUCCAUUUAUGCUAGAUCAGUUCUAUUGGGCUGAGAGGAUGUUUUGGCUUGGAGUUGCGCCAGAACCACUGAAAAGAGAUCAGUUGCUUCCUGAUCAGAACGAUGACAUGAGCAUCCGUGAAGCUGCAAAUGUACUAUCAAGGGCGAUAAAUGAUGCAUUAUCUCCUAAAGUGAAAGCAUGUGCAAUAGAACUUGCUGAAAGGAUUUCUCUAGAGAAUGGAGUCUUGGAGGCUGUGAAGACCCUCAAGGAAGAGCUGGGCUGUCCAGAUUAAGAAUUUAAGAUAAUCAAGAAACUCCUACUUCUUAGACUUUUCUCUUUGUAACCUGGUCUUUUUCCAUCAUAUUGGUAACCUUUCAUUUCCUCC